AUGGCUGAAAGCAAGGAAACGACUAUAAAUACGAAGAAAAGAAAACGCACAGGCAGAAUGAGUGAUGUAUUAAAGAAACUUCGACUUCAGAAUCACGAACUUGGUGAUGACUGCAAAUGUGAUCGUUUUAAAUGUUUUGAAAUGACAAGUAAGGACCAGAGGACAAGAAUAAUAAGUCAAUUUAAUAGUUUCGCUACCAGGUAUGACCAAGAUAAUUAUUUAAGCGGGCUUAUAACCGUAUCUAAUGCAAAACGUCGUCGUCCGCGAUUAGGUGAAGAAAAUGCGAAAUUACACAAUAAAUCAUAUUCAUACAAGAUUCGUAUGAUUGCCGAUGAUACUUACGAGAUACCAGUGUGUAGAAAAGCGUUUUUAUCCUUACAUGGUAUCACUGGAAGAAGACUGCAGUUUAUUCAGAAAUCACUGACGGAGCAUGGUGUUGUCCAAAAAGAUAAACGGGGUACACAUGUGAAAACACAGCUUCCUAAAGAAACUACUGAUUUAAUGUACAAGCAAAUCGACACUCUUAAAUCAGUUAAUGAAGAAACGUUUGAUAUUCCUGAUGAUAGUAACUCGGAAGACGACUUAGAAUCGGAAGGAGAACCAGAGUUGAAUUUGGAAACUUUGCAAAAUCUUUUAGAUGAUUCCCAAAGCCAAGAAAAUCAAAAUAUGCCUGAUACGAGUUCGAAUGUCUCUAUUGAGACUUUUCAUAAUUCACAGAGAGAUGAAUCUGAAGCUGAGAUUUGUAUACUUGAAGAGUUAGAAGAAGAUUCAGAUGAAUCUGAACCAGACGAAGAUGGAAAUUGGUGGAAAAAUUUUAUGGGUCAGUCGACCUGA